AUGUCUCGAGCGGUUAGGUUGUAUCUUUUGGCGUAUAACUCCGCCCAGUCUAUUGGAUGGUAAUCCUCUCUCUCUCUCUCUCUCUCUCUCUCUCUCUCUCUCUCUCUCUCUCUCUCUCUCUCUCUCUCUCUCUCUCUCUAAUCUUAUCUCUCUGCAUCUCUAGGGCGAUUGCUCUGACCAGGAUUAUCAGUAGCUGCCUGUCCUCCAAGUCUAUCCAUGGCGCCUAUGCUGCAGCGGGGGAUCUCAUCUGUAAUCCGCUUCUUGUUUGUUUUCCUUCUUCCCUGAUUUCUGUCCUCGAAUCUGUUUCUCACUGCUCUCACGUUAACCGUCUCCUCGUUGGAAGGCAUUCUCCAGACGGCGUCCUUCCUGGAAGUUCUUCACGCGGCGGUCGGUAGGGCCUCUCUCCCUUCGCCUCUAUCUCCCCCGCUUUCCGUGAUCCGGUGCGGAUCGGUUAUGUUGUGAAUUUGUUCCUUCGAUUGGAAGGUAUCGUUCCAAGCGGAGUGUUGCUUUCUCUGAUGCAAUGGGGUGGAAGGACUCAUUUCUUGCUGGCGAUUGUUCGUCGGAUUGAAGAGGUACUCAUCGGAAAAGAUCGAAUUCCCAUCCCCUCUGAUCUAACUACUGUUAGCGAGUGAUCCCACUUUCUUUAUCAUUCUCUAGAAUCACGUCAGUCCUACGCCAUUCCUUUCUGAGUCACUGAUUCCUUCCCCGUCUACAGGUCCAGGAGCUUCCAUCCGUUUUUAUAACUUUCGUAGCAUGGUCCAUAUCUGAGGUGAGUUUCUUAUGGAUUCAGUGAGUUUCUGCUCUGCGAUUGAUGGAAUGGGGAGGAGCUGUUGCUCUUCCACUAUUGUGUGUAUCCUUGUGUAGAUCGUAUACCCUUCCCGGCUAUUUCUGCUCUCCAUCAUUCGAUCAGUGACCUUUCUUCCUCCUUUGGCAAGCUCAUCACCAAAUCAGAUAAUUUAGUUUCUAAUACGCUGUCUGGUUCCAUGAGACCUUUGGUUGGCUCCUUCUGAUCCAAAGAUUAGAACCGGUAUCAGGAGGUAUUUCCUUGGGAAAACUCUAAGCGCGUGUUGCAGUGAUCAUGAAGAAGAGUUGAGGAAAAUAUGAAGAGCACUGCUUGAAUGCGUACGUUUUCCCUAAAUAAUGCGUACAUUUUCCUCCUCUCCUGUUGGACAAAGUUCAGCAGGCGGCCCAUGAAAUCUAUGAGGCUGCAAAGAUGAGCACUCCCGCUCUCCUUAUCAUCUUAUCCCAGGUUAUGUUUGACCUGGGAAGCUACAUGUACUACAUGAAGGGAACAGGGAAAAGUCAAGCCCAAGCUCUCUCCAAAAGGAUGCCAAAAGAGGAAAAGGGAUUAUGUGAAGGACUGAUACCACCACUUUGGUCUUCGCGAUUCACCAGAUGAUGCAAACAUUUUUUGGGUCGUGGAGCCUCAGAUGUUCGUUAUUAUUUGUUCCCAGAUUACUGACAUCCGGCUCUUCGCCCUUCUCAUUGUUUGACUUUUUUGUUCAUCGUGAACUUUUUCUUCGAUAAACAAAAGUUUUCAUUUCUCCGUAUUAUAAUGUAAUGCAGGUAAUCAGGUACCCCCAUUUUGCCCUCACAGGAUUAGGAUUCAAGCCUCACUGGCUGAUCUACCUCAGGUGCGUCUCACGAGCAUCUAAAGGACUUGUUUCUGUCUUCUAUCCACAUGGCAGCUUGCUGGGUUGUAGAGGAAAUUGAAUUAUAGAAAAUUGUCCUCGGAGUCAACUAAGCAGUGAGAGGAUCUGCCAGUUUGUCAAGGGGCCACCCUGUUUCUUUCUAGUUUUGUCUAUGCAUAAAUCUGGGAUUCUGGGUCGUUCAUGAAUCAACUUCGGGAUCUUCCUUUGAGUUCCGUUCUUCAGUAUAGAACUGGAGAUAGACAUGGCCAUCCAUCCACAUCCGAACCCAUUGUAUGGAAAGAACGACUACCCAUUUCAUGAUUUUAUCCGCAGAUCAUUCAGACGACCAUACAAUCUUUGUGCCUCUCUCUCUCUCUCUCUCUCUCUCUCUCUCUCUCUCUCUCUCUCUCUCUCUCUCUCUAUCAUUUAGACAUUUGCAUAAACAUGUGUAUGCCCGUGGUGAUCACAAUGUUAACGUUCUCUCUCUCUCUUUCCCCCACCCCUCAGGUAUACAGCCUUCAUCGUCUUGUAUCCUGCUGGUCUGGGUCCUGGAGAGAGUGAGUAUUCUCUUCCCACUGGGGCUUGCCAGUUCCCCACAUCGCACACUAAGCUGCGCCCAAUUUGCGUGCAGUGUUGCUAAUGUACCGAUCCCUUCCCUUCAUCAAAGAGAAGGCCCUCUACUCGUCCUUCUUCGCCCCUUUUCCAUUCACCUACCAUACCUUCGUCACGGUUAGUACCUCUCUCUCUCUCUCUCUCUCUCUCUCUCUCUCUCUCUCUCUCUCUGUCUCUCUCUCUCUCUCUCUCUCUCUCUCUGACGGUCGUUUUACACUGGUGGGUGGGAGGGAACAGGUUCUGCUUCUGUCUUACCCUGUGAUGUGGCUGAAGCUGUACCUGCAUCUAUUCAAGCAGCGGAGAGCGAAACUGGGGAGGCGACGACCCAAGAAGGACUGA